AUGCCUGCGUUUCAAACCCCGCUUUCACACAAGGAUAACAAGAGAAAGCUCGAUGCAGACAGCGCGGGUGGGCCGGCAUAUAAGAGGCAGGCUGGAGUAGACGGCCGUGGAAGUGGCAGCGGAGCAGCAAAACCCGGAGGUAAACAUUGGGCCGUACAGUGGCGCAAUCCUCAGUAUAAGAAACACAAAACAUGGGACUAUGACGGCGUCCUCGUCGUCAAAGGGAACUGGUGCGAGCUGUUGGACAACGAGGACGGACGACGUGUUGCCUGUGGGAAACCCUCUGGUGUGGAAGCCUCCAAGAUAGAAGAAGACGUAGAGUUCCAUCUCGGUGGCAAAGACGUCCGUGUGGACAACGCCAUCAAGGCGUCAGAAUACAUGUCUGGCGCUUGCUUUUCUGGAAGCGUUGCGCUGACUGCUCCAGAGUCCGGCUCGAGCAUGGCUGUGCAUCGCAAUUCUGGAACGGCUGCGAAGCAGUUCGUACCGCUCCGACCAAAUAAUGGCACUGGAUUCAAGACGCCUUCCCUUACUCGGCUGCCUUCUGUCUCAGAUAACAGCGCCGUGAGGACGUCUUCUCCAUUGAACCAGAACCGCUGCGCGCCUUCUUUGGCGGCUUCCCAGACCAAAGCGGCAGGCGCGGGAGAAGUGAAGCCUUCGUACUGGUAUGUCAACUGGCGCAAGCCUCAGCACAAGAAGCAUAAGACGUGGGACGGCGAUGCCUAUCUUAUGCACAAGGGAGAUAAGCUUACCUUGGUUGCGGAGAAAGGACUAAUCGUCGGCACCAAGCAAUGGGACGGUACCCCGAUAUAUGUUGGCUAUGAAGGCCGUAUGGGUAACAAAGACUUUGAAGUCGACCAUGAGAUCACCCGAGCGGACAUGCCAACUAUUACUGGCGCAGAGGACUUUGACGGCGAUAUUGAGCUCGUGGGCAGCCAGGUCGAGGCAGCUCCAUUUGUUGAGGCGAAGAAACCAAGAAAUGUCGUCGAUGUGGACACCUUGCCUGUGAAAGUGCCAAAAGCUCCACAGCCUGUGCCCGCACCCGCACCAAAGAAGUCUGUUGCGGCGGCUUCGUUCUAUGCCCCCGUGCAGCAAGCGAGGCCCAAGGGUCCUUCGCAUGAUCCAGACGCACCGGGAGCGGUCGUCAUGAAAUCGCCAGAUACUGCGCAUAUAGCCAAGUAUAACAAAAAGAACGCGCCAGUUGUCCCAGUGGUCAUCGACCCCAUUAUCGCCCGCAAGCUGCGUCCACACCAGAUUGAGGGCGUGAAAUUCAUGUACGAGUGCGUCAUGGCUAUGCAGGGACAUGAUGGAAGGGGCUGCAUCCUUGCCGACGAGAUGGGUAUGGGCAAAACACUGCAAACGAUCACGCUUGUGUGGACACUUCUCAAGCAGAACCCGUACGCUGGAUUGGGUCCUAUCGUCGGCAAAGUCAUGAUCGUCUGUCCGGUGACGCUCAUCAAGAACUGGAAGAAUGAGUUUCACAAGUGGCUGGGACGAGACCGACUAGGCAUAUUUACCGGAGACAAGGACAAGUCUACUAUAAAGCAGUUUGUAAAUUCACGGAUACAUCAUGUGCUAAUCAUAGGCUAUGAGCGACUGCGGACAGUAAUCUCGGAGCUUCAGUACUGCAUUCCGCCUAUUGGUCUUAUCAUUUGCGAUGAAGGUCAUCGUCUGAAAUCUGCAUCAAACAAGACGUCAACGAUGUUCGAAGUCCUGACUACGCCUCGACGAAUCAUCCUGUCUGGAACACCAAUCCAGAACGACCUGGGAGAAUUCCACGCUAUGGCGGACUUCUGUAACCCGGACUUACUAGGGAACUAUAACAACUUUAAGAAGUUGUACGAAGUGCCUAUACUCAAAAGCCGUGCUCCAGGGUGCUCCACCAAAGAGAGAGAACUGGGUGAGGCUCGACUCGAGCAACUGCUGGAGACCGCAAAGUCCUUCGUGCUGCGUAGGGAUGCGAGCAUUCUGAAGAACUACCUUCCACCCAAACGUCUCCACGUAGACGAAUACGUGGUCUUUAUAACACCCACUCAGCUACAGCGCGACAUCUUCCGUCAGAUCCUCACGGCCGACAAGCUCGACAAUCUCGUGCGGAACUCGACGGCCGAGUCACUUGCGCUCAUCGGGAUGCUCACCAAGGUCAGCAAUAGCCCGAUCCUGCUCAAAGCCGCCGCGGACAAGGCGCGCGAACAGGGGCGCGACGCGGAGGGCGAGCUCAUCAAGAAGAAUGUGUUCAUGGAGGCAGCAAGACUCCUUCCAGAGAGGGCGCAGGUCGACGAUGUGUCUUUGAGUGGAAAGCUCAUUGCACUGGCAAACCUGUUACGUGCAUUGUAUAAGGGAACCGACGAAAAAUGUAUCGUCGUUUCUCACUAUACCUCGACGCUCAACAUCAUCGAGGCCUUCUGUAAGAAGAAACAGUACACAUACCUGCGACUCGACGGUUCAACUGCAGCGCAGAAGAGACAAGACUAUGUUAACGAAUUCAAUAAAUCGCUGCAAAGGCAAAGAUUUAUAUUCCUGUUGAGUUCCAAGGCUGGAGGUGUCGGUCUCAACCUCAUCGGAGCCUCGAGGCUGUGCUUGAUCGACUCUGACUGGAAUCCAAGUCAAUGGCUCGGAUACACAGAUGGUACGUCGCGGGCUGUCUUGAGAUGGCAUGGUGCUAAUGUGCUCGCUAUUGCAGAGAAGAUCUACCAACGACAAGUCACGAAGCUUGGACUCAGUGACUCAUUUCUCGGAAAGGGCGGUUCUGAAUCGAAGUCGGACUCUUUCACGCGCAAGGAUCUGAGGGACAUCUUCACCAUUCAUCCAAAUACAGCAUGCCAUACCCACGACCUGCUAGAAUGCCCAUGUGAGGACGACUCUGGUUCGAUGGCAUCUACGAGGAUAUCAUCGAAGGGUCCCACUGGUGGCUCAAAUUCGGAGGCAGAAGACGAAGACGAAGACGAUAGCUCUAAUGGAGGCUUCAUUCAGGCGUCUGCUGUUAAGCCCAAGCAUAUCGAGAAGCUCGACAAAGAAUACUUGCGCCAGAAGAAAGCCCAACUCGCCGCCCUCGGACAGUGGACGCACAUCAGCUGUCUGAGGAGGAAUGCUGUAGAGCGCAUCCAAGACUCGAUCCUCCAGAAGCUGGUCUUCGUACCCGAGUCCGAUGAGCGAUCUAAAAACAGUGGCGGUUCCGCACCCUCGCGCGUAGCAUCGCUUUUGGAGGCCACCGACCUUGAAGCCGUGCUGCAAGCAACGAGGCCGCCGCUUCCUGUCGAGUCUCUGCCCGGUGGCUCGGCAUCAUUUCUGUUCGAGCGAACGUCUAAGACGGCGCCGCUGGAUGGGAAGAUCUUACCUGAGGAAGACGAGUAG